AUGGCCACAUUGCAUUUUGAACCAACCCACGAAUCAUCACAAGUCUUCUCAUUGCAAGGCAAAGCUCUCAAGCUUACCACUAAGCAAGACAUUCAACCACAUCUCGACGCACUUGAAAAAUUAGAAAAAGUGACAAAAUUAGAUUUAUCGGGUAAUACUAUCGGUGAAGAGGCUUCCGUUGCAUUGGCAGACUUUAUCACUACUCAUGAUUCACUACGUCUUCAUGUGCAGGAAGUUAAUUUUGCAGAUUUGUACACAUCACGUCUCGUUGACGAAGUCGUUGCCUCCUUAACAGCGUUUUUGCCUGCACUUCUAAAAUGCCAUCGUCUGGAAAUUCUAAACCUAUCUGAUAACGCAUUUGGAUUGCGUACCAUUGACCAAUUGGAAAAUUACAUUGCAAAUGCUGUUUAUUUGAAACAUUUGAUCUUGAGCAAUAACGGUUUAGGACCUCAUGCCGGUGAAAGAGUUGGUAAAGCUCUCUUUAUGUUGGCUCAAAAUAAGCGUAAAUUGAAAUUAAACCCACUAGAAACCUUUAUUUGUGGUAGAAACAGAUUAGAAAAUGGAUCAUCGCUUUAUUUGGCACUUGGUCUAAAGUCCCACGGCGAUGGCUUGCAAAAUGUUAGAUUGUAUCAGAAUGGUAUUAGGCCAAAGGGUGUUGCGACGAUUCUACACUAUGGGUUAAAGCAUAAUAAGAAUCUAAAAGUUUUGGAUUUACAAGAUAAUACUUUUACGACAACUGCAUCGUCUGUGUUAUCAGAGGUCUUACCAAUCUGGAAAGAUUCAUUGGUAGAAUUGAAUUUAAACGACUGUCUUUUGAAGCAAAACGGUGCUGAUUUGGUUUUCAAAGUCUUUGCAGAAACAAAGUUUACCAAGUUAGAAGUUUUGAAGGCUGAAUACAAUGAAAUGGUGCAAGAAACCUUAGAACAAGUUUUGUUACCAGCUGUGGAAAAAGAACAAUUGCCAAAAUUGAAAAAAUUGGAACUUAACGGUAAUUGGCUCGAGGAAAAUUCGGAACCAUUGGAUCAAUUACAAGCAAGAUUUCCAGACUUAGAAUUAGACGAUUUGGAAGAACCCGACAGUGAAGAAGAAGAAGAGGAAGAAGAUGAAGCUGAACAACUAGAAGAAGUGGACUCGGGUGCCUUGGAGAAUGAAUUGCUAAACACUAGAGUUGAUACACUAGCAGAAGAAUUGUCUAAGACCCAUAUUUAG